GAGGGGGACUUGCCCAACCCUCUCUUUUGGGAGGCGAGAUGCUGAAGCCUGAGGGUUUGUCGGUCAAGAGGCAACUGCCAUUGAAAGAUAGUGAGUGACUGUUUCCAGGACAACAACCAUUGAGGGGAGCAGCCAGAAGCAUUGACUGAAAGCUUAAAUUACCUAAAUGAGUGAUAAUGGUCUCCAGCUGCCAAAGAAGGUUGUGGAUGCCAAAAGAAAGGUAACCAUUUUUCAUCCCCUCGAGUGGAAUUGGAUGCCCCUUGGAGUUCACACUGGCUGGCGGUAGACAUGGCUGAGUUUACAAACUACAAGGAUACUGCCUCCAGCCGCCACCUGCGGUUUAAGUUACAGAGUCUAAGCCGCCGCCUUGAUGAGUUGGAAGAAGCCACAAAAAACCUCCAAAAAGCAGAGGAUGAGCUCCUGGAUCUGCAGGACAAGGUGAUUCAGGCAGAAGGCAGCAACUCCAGCAUGCUGGCUGAGAUUGAAGUGCUGCGGCAACGAGUGCUGAGAAUUGAAGGCAAAGAUGAGGAAAUUAAGAAAGCAGAGGACCUGUGUCAGCUGAUGAAGGAGAAACUUGAAGAGGAGGAAAACCUCACCCGGGAGCUGAAAUCUGAGAUUGAGCGGCUUCAGAAACGAAUGGCCGAACUGGAGAAGCUAGAGGAGGCCUUUAGCAGGAGUAAGAAUGACUGUACCCAACUCUGUUUGAGUCUGAAUGAGGAGAGAAACCUGACGAAGAAAAUCUCCUCUGAGCUGGAAAUGCUCAGGGUGAAAGUGAAAGAACUGGAAUCUUCCGAGGACCGCCUAGAUAAAACGGAGCAGAGUUUAGUGUCAGAGUUAGAAAAGCUGAAAUCAUUAACUCUGAGCUUUGUAAGUGAGAGAAAAUACCUGAAUGAAAAGGAGAAAGAAAAUGAGAAACUUAUAAAAGAGCUCACUCAAAAACUGGAGCAGAACAAAAAAAUGAACCGAGAUUAUACAAGGAAUGCUUCGAAUCUUCUGGAAAGGAAUGACCUGCGGAUUGAGGACGGUAUCUCUUCCACACUGCCAUCUAAAGAAUCAAGAAGGAAGGGCACUCUGGACUAUCUAAAGCAGGUAGAGAAUGAAACAAGAAAUAAAUCUGAAAAUGAAAAGAACAGAAAUCAGGAAGACAAUAAAGUCAAAGAUCUUAACCAAGAGAUUGAGAAACUUAAGACUCAAAUCAAACAUUUUGAAUCUUUGGAAGAAGAGCUUAAGAAAAUGAGGGCCAAAAAUAAUGACCUUCAGGAUAAUUACCUAAGUGAACAAAAUAAAAACAAACUCCUAGCCAGCCAGUUGGAGGAGAUAAAGCUACAAAUCAAGAAACAGAAAGAAUUAGAGAAUGGGGAGGUGGAAGGGGAGGAUGCUUUCCUGUCUGGCAAAGGCCGGCACGAGAGGACUAAGUUUAGAGGCCACGGGAGCGAGGUAUCUGCGUCCAAGCACACAUCUCGGGAACUGUCCCCUCAGCACAAGCGGGAAAGGCACCGAAACAGGGAGUUUGCUCUUAACAAUGAGAACUAUUCUCUGAGCAACCGGCAGGUUUCUUCUCCCGGUUUCGCGAACAGGAGGGCAGCCAAAGCUUCCAACACAGGGGCAGGUACAGAUAGUGGGACUCAGGAGACAAAGAGAACUGAAGAUCGAUUUGCAUCUGGCUCCUCUCAGAGUGAAGGGAAGAAGUCCAGGGAGCAGCCACCAGUGCUUAGCCGCUACCCUCCCGCUGCUCAGGAGCACAAUAAGGUUUGGAGAGGUGCUCCCAAGCCAGGCACUGAGAGUGGGUUGAAGGGAAAAGUAGAGAAGACAACACGAACAUUUAGUGAUACCACCCACGGAUCUACUCCCAGUGACAUAUUGUGUAGAGCUGACAAGGCUUCUGACACCUCCACCGAGGCCCUCUUUGGCAAGAGGGGGCAGGCGCCUAGCAAUGGAAGUCAAGUGACUCAGGCUGCAGACUCUGGCAGUUCUAAGGCCAUUGGCGCUCUGGCCUCAUCUCGAAGAUCUUCCUCAGAAGGGCUCUCUAAGGGCAAAAAGGCUGCCAAUGGCCCAGAGGCUGAUACCAGUUCUUCAAAUUCUAAGGCUCCACUUUCAUCGAAGUAUCCUUAUAGCUCCAGAAGCCAAGAGAACAUCCUUCAGGGUUUUUCAACCCCAAAUAAAGGAGUUGAUCAACCUGUAGCAGUUGUAAUGGAAGACAGCAGUCAACAUGAGGCCCUAAGGUGUCGAGUCAUCAAAUCUAGUAGCAGAGAGAAGCCAGACUCAGAUGACGACAUGGACAUGUCGUCUCUUGUUACCGCCAAAUUGGUCAACACAACCAUCACCCCAGAGCCAGAGCACAAGCAACAGCCCAACUCUAGAGAAACAGCCAGAUCCCGAGGGGGCCUUAGAACCGCCCUGUCGGGGGAUGAUAAAGAUGUCGGGACAGAAAAUGAAUCUGUGAAACCUGUCAGAGCCUCCACCAAUGCUGUGGAAUUCCCAGAGGCCAAUGGUGCUGGGGUGAAAAGUCAAAGGCCCUUCAGUCCCAGAGAGGCCUUGCGGUCCAGAGCUGUCAUCAAACCUGUCAUCAUUGAUAAAGAUGUGAAAAAAAUCAUGGGAGGGUCUGGAACUGAGGCCACAUUGGAGAAACAGACAUCCACUUCCAAACCAGGACCAAACAAAGUGACAAGCAGCAUUACUAUCUAUCCCUCUGACAGCAGUAGCAGCAGCAGCCCAAGAGCUGCCCCAGGUGAGGCCCCGCGGGAGAGGCACACAUCCACCAGUAAUAUCCAGGUUGGGCCACCAGACCUCACAUCAGUGAGCAACCAUGUCAACUCUCCCUUUGAGCUCUCCAUUCACAAACAUGACAUUACCUUGCAGUUCACAGAGGCUGAAAGAAUGGGAGAUGGGUCCCUGAAGGACAGGCCUGAAACAGUGGUCUCUCGGAGCAGCAUUAUAAUCAAGCCAUCGGAUCUGGUGGAGAGGAAUAACCAUGCACCCCCUGCAGAGACAAUCAGGUGGAAAGGCCAUAGUGCCCCUUCGGAGGUGAGCCCUUCAGAGGCCAGGCAUGUUACUGUGCGGAAUGCCUGGAAGAGCAGGCGAGAUUUGAACUCUUUAGAAGACCCUCCAACUCAGAUAGGUAAACAUGUGGUAUCUACCAAUGCCUACACCCAGAGGUCUUCUACAGACUAUUCUGACCUUGAACAGCCCAGGUCUUAUCUUUUGGAGCAGGGUCCUCGAAGGGUAGGAAACCCAGGGGAUGCCCCUGAGCUCUCUUCUAGAAGGACCCAAAGUAGCCUCACUGUGUCAGAGAUGCUCACUCGCCGGAAUCGGGUAGGCGAUGCUGUCACGGCUGUGGCUUGGAACCAUGUGGCAGGCAUGGAGGAAGGCGAUGACUGCACACUCAGUGUCUACAGGCGACCACACAGCUCCAUGGAACGGCCUGAACUGCCCGUGAAGCAGGGGCUGUCAGAGUCUGGGCAAGUACAGGCUGAGGAACGGUCACGACCAACCAGGCCCUGUGCUGAGGAAAACUGAGCCAGCCGGGUGAGGUCUGCUGUGUCCUCUGCUCCUGCUCAGCUCCUCCACCUUCUCAUCCUAUGAAGGAUCCCAGGCCAGUUCACUGGGCUAGACACGAGGCCUUGGCUGGGAGAUUGUAGCAGAGAGCCAGGCUGUGGCUCAGGUCAUUUUUUGCCAGGUAGAUCAGAAACUACAAGUUGGACAGUCACCCAGGCCCAGCCUUCCCCGAUUGAUGCAUGAGUCCUCUCUCCUUGUCCCUGCCCUGUUCCCGGUAGAAUCGGCCAUUCUGGCCCCCAAAUAGGGAAUGAUAUAGAAAUGUCUUAUAUACUCACCACACAAUAGCCCCUUCCACGCAGUUAAUGUUCUGAUUUCUUGGUCUCCUCACCACAUCCAGUUCACACCCUGUCUGCCCUCGGGACCCAAGUACUGACACUAAGACUUACCAGCCAUCAGCUCCAUUUAGGGAGCUUCCAUUCCUUUCCCUUUGGAAUUCCUCAGACUUUUACCGGAGAGGUCUGUGUUGCCUCUAGGGGAUUAUGGAACUAUGACCUGGCCCCCUUGCUGACCACUGUUUUCUGGGGGCAGAGACACAGAUACCUGCCCACCUAUUGGAAUGACAUCAUCCCUCCCCUGACCCCAGCUCACCUUCCAAAGGCACCUGGAAGUGACAAACCUCAUGCAUCUCCUUCCCUGGGCACUAAUAAUGCUACUGGCAUUGCCUGCUUCUCUCCUGUGGCUGGAGACUUCACGCUGACUUUGUUUCCACCUUCGGAAUAUUCCCAGACUAAACUGGGCCUGACCCAGCAUACUCUGCCUUCUAGGAAGCGCCCAGCAAAGGGGAAAGUGGACAGGAAGAAGCACUUUUCCUUUAGUCACUCCACAAAGCAAUAGCUCCAAGAAAGGCCUGGACUUUGUUCCUCCUCCUCCAUCCCCUAGGGAGGAGGUAUCGCACUUUACCAAGCUGAUGCAUUCCUACAGAAGUGGGCCCAUGAUUCCUGCAAACCAACUAUCAUGAUGACUUCAUGGGAGGAAAGGUAACACAUGCCCAUUAAGGGCCCCAGAUUUAUACAGUUCAGAAUGCAGCAAACUGUUCAGGAAGCCACAUAAAUAAAAACUGAUUAGCUUCCUUAUUCACAUGGGGAAGUUAAAAAAACCCCAUGUAAUCUUGACACUAUUUCUGUAGCAUUCUCAGUUCAAAAAAGGGAUCCCCUUCAAAGGCUACCUUUAUGAAGCAGAGACUUCCUUCAUAGUGAAAGAGCAUUAGAGUAGGAGUCAGGGAAGCUAGAUUUUCUUAAUGGCUUUAUACUUUGCCUCAGUUUCUUUAUCUAUAAAAUGAGUUCUUUGAAAUGGUU